UGCUGCGACUCCUGAAGGAGGGAGCAGAUCCCAACGCUCCCAUUUCCUCUGGGGGAUCCUUGCUGCACCUGUGCGCUCGCCAUGACAAUGUGUUCGCCGCAGAGCUUCUGAUCGAGCGAGGCCUGAAUGUCAACCUGCAGGACGAGGACCUGUGGACAGCCCUGCACGUAGCGUGUGUGUGUGACCACGCAGACGUGGUGCUGCUGCUGCUGGUGGCUGGAGUGAACAUUCUGCUUCAGGACAUCAACGGAAACAUUCCUCUGGACUACGCCUUCGAGGGAACAGAGACCAGCUAUAUCCUCCGAAAAUACCUGGAGGAAAAUGGUGUGGAUGUGUCAUCCAUGCAUGCCAUGAAGACACAGAGGCCCAGCACUAUGUUGUCUGAUGUCAGACAGCUUGUAGCCACGGGAGGAAGCCUCAACCAGCCCAACGGUGAUGGGGUUACUUUGCUCCACAUUGCGUGUGCCAGUGGCUACAGAGAGGUGGUGUCGGUGCUGCUGGAUAGUGGAGCAGACCCUCAUCCCGCUGACAACAACUUCUGGACCCCUCUCCACCUGGCUGCUAAAUAUGGACAGACAAGCAUUGUUAGCCAGCUCCUAAGGCAUGGAGCGAACCCGACUCUGCUGAACUGCAACCAAGACAAGCCCUCCGAUAUUGCCGUGUCAGAGCCCAUCGCAGACAUGCUGCUGAAUGCGGAGGAGAGCUGGCUGCAGAGACUGAAGGAUCCUUCUGCUCCUCUACCCUCCACUGACCAACGCUAUGAUGGCGGCUCACACGACCUCAACACUCCUGUCAAGAACUUAAACCCCCUGGGUCUAUCUAUUUCUAAGCGGGACAGCCUGCUGGAGAAGUGUGCCAUGUUCAGAGAGGCAGGCGGAGCACUGAGCCGACAGCCUUCUCAGGAUAAUGGCCUAGAUGGCCCCUUCAGCUCUGGAGCCAGCAAACUGGAGCAGGUCAAGCUGAUGCCUCCAGCCCCCAAUGACGACCUGGCGUCCCUCAGUGAGCUGACUGACAGCAGCCUCCUCUACGAGAUGCAGAAGCGCUUUGGCAACGACCAAAUCUACACUUACAUCGGACACAUCCUCCUGCUGGUCAAUCCAAACAAAGAGCUGCCCAUCUAUUCCACCUUGGUGAGUCAGCUGUACCUGAGCUCUACGGGUCGCCUGUGCUCGUCUCUGCCUCCUCACAUCUUCUCCUCAGCAGAGCGAGCUUACCACAUGAUGCAGCAGGAGAGACGCCCGCAGUGUUUCAUCUUGAGUGGUGAGAGCGGUUCUGGGAAAACAGAGGCGUGUAAACACAUAGUGAGACACCUGACAGCCCGAUCCAGCCCCAAAGGCUUUAUGCUGGAGCCCAGAAUGAAGCACGUGAACUGUAUUCUGGAAGCCUUCGGUCACGCAAAGACCCCGAGGAACAGCAACUCAAGUCGCUUUGUCAAGCUGUUGACCAUCCAGUACUGUGAGAAGAGGAGGACGCUGCUCAGAGCCCGCCUGUACACCUACAUGCUGGAGAAGUCCCGUCUGGUCCACCUGCCUCCUCAGCAACACAGCUUCAGAAUCUUCUACUUGAUGGCUGAAGGCCUUUCAGCUGAGGAGAAGAGUGCACUUUAUCUCAACAAUGUCCUGGCUCAUAGGUAUCUCAGCGGAGGGCUUGCCGGAGAGAACCCUCCAGUGGCCACAGCUUCUACCCAGAGCAGGGAACAUCUUGCAGCAGUCAAGCAAUCCCUGCGAGCGCUGGGUUUCAACAAGCAGGAGGUCGACUCAGUCUUUACGCUGCUAUCUGCUGUGCUCCAUAUUGGGGAUCUGCGUUUUACUGCGCUGACAGAUGCAGAUACGGCCUUCCCUUCUGACCUGCAGCUGCUGGAGAGAGUUGCUGGAUUGUUGCAGGUGUCCUCCAAUGACUUAGGCGCCGCCCUCACCUCUGACGUUCAGUACUUCAAAGGUGAUGUGAUCACUCGUCGCCACACAGUCGAGAUGUCAGAGCAAUAUAGGGACCAGCUUGCCAAAGCUAUCUAUGGACGCCUCUUCAGCUAUCUGGUCAACAGCAUCAACGAUUACCUUCAGGGACAAGAUGACAGCAUUGGUGAUCCGGCCUUGGAAAUUGGUAUCUUGGACAUAUUUGGGUUUGAAGAAUUCCAGAGGAAUGGAUUUGAGCAGCUGUGCGUGAACAUGACCAACGAGCGGCUGAGGCAGUACGUCUCUGAGGUGCUAUUCCAGCAGGAGCACGCUGAGUGUCUGCAGGAGGGCAUCGCCAUGGGGACCCCCCGCUCCCCGAGCAACCACCCAGGCGUUCUGGACUUCUUUCUUCAGAGGCCUCAGGGACUGCUGUGUGUGUUAGAUGAGGAGAGCCAGAGCCUGCGGCCAGUCGAGCAGACCCUGUACAAGAGGCUGUCUGCCCAGCUGGACUCCAACCCGACUCACACCCUCUCUCUCACCACCAAGGACGGCAACGGGAACCCCCCACCCAAAGACCAAGGCCCUGCCUUCACCGUCAGCCACUAUGCAGGACAGAUUUCAUAUGACCUCACAGGAUCGCUCACGAAAAACAAGGACUCCCUUCCUCAGAAUCUGCUGUUUACGAUGAAGACCAGUGAGAGUGUGUUACUGCAGCAGCUCUUCCAGUCCAAGCUGACUCAGACUGGUUCUCUGGUGCCAGCAGCCCAGGGCCGCAUAGGGCUGAGGGGGCCUAAAGCUGCCCUGUUGCUCCACAGGAUGCCAUCAGCCUCUCUGGUCAAUGCCAGCUCUAUCCCCCAACAGCCCCGGAGGUACCAUGAUCUUACCAAGAUCUUGAAGAAAAAAGGCUCAAGCUCCUUCAUCCAACGGCUAGAACGUUGCGGGCCCAUCACAGUGGCUGUCCAGCUGAGGAACUCGCUGUCGGAGAUGAUCAGCAAGCUGCAGGCUUGUACUCCCCACUUUGUGGAGUGCGUGCGCCCAAACUCCACCGGUCAGCCGGACAGUUUCGACAGCUUCCAUGUGUCCACCCAGCUGCAGUACAUCGGGGUACUGGAGAUGGUGCGCAUGAUCCGUUAUGGAUACCCUGUCCGCCUGUCCUUCCCAGGCUUUCUCAGCAGAUACAAAGACCUCGUGGUCCCAACUUUGGGAGACAAGAAGAAGCUGUCGCCCGAGGAGAGGUGUCGCUCGGUUCUGCAGCAGUCAAAGCUGCAAGGAUGGCAGAUGGGCAGCAGUAAAGUGUUUCUGAGAUACUGGCAGGCAGACCAGCUCAACGACCGCUGCUACCAGUUUCAUAAAAAGAUCAUCACCUGUCAGAAAGUGGUUCGUGGCUGGCUGGCCCGACAGCGGGUCCAUCGCAGGCUGUCGCUACAACACAAAGAGGAGUGCAGUGUGCAGCGUUUCCUGCAGGGGGCCGAAGACAUGGGGCUGCGUACCUACGACCAGCUGGUCAUCCAAAACGCGUCCGACAUUGCGCGAGAGAGCGACCGACUGCGCUGUCAUGGCAAUAGCCUCCUCAACAACUUGGGCAACAGCCCACCGCUCGGCGAGAGGCCAGAACCGGUGGGCAAGGAGGAGGAUCAGCCGGUCAGGAGGUCGGUGGAGAAAAGUGGGAAAGUCCACGAGGGCCCCGUCAACGGGGGAAAUCGAGUUAUUCGCCACUUUCGUUCCAGCUCAGUACCCAUCCCCCUCGCCAUGGAGAACAUGGUCCAUUCCUCUGCCAGUCCACCAGUUAAACCAGCCUUGCAGCAGGUAGCCCAUACCAACGAGGAAGGAGCAGGCGGGGGAGGUCUCUCCUCCCCUCGGAAGCAACCUCCACCCAAACCAAAGAGGGACCCCAACACCCGCCUGAGUGCAUCUUAUGAAGCAGUUAGUGCGGGGUUGACGAUGGCUGCCAAAGAGAGCUCCACUCCAGAAGGGUACGGCUCUCCAGCUGGAAGCCCCCCUAAAUCCCAGCUGUCCCCCACAGACCCCGCAGCCCUGGCCAAGCCCCGUCCCCACAGUGAUGACUACACAACGAUGAGAAAGGUACCUCCCCCGAAACCCAAGCGCAGCCCCAACACUAAGCUCACAGGCUCAUAUGAGGAGAUUAACGCCGUAGCACCCCAUCUCCACCAACUGCGCCCCGCUGAUGUAAAGCUGGCCUUGCUUUCUCGUGGUGGGGGAUUUGGAGGCUUUGGAGGCUUGAUGCAGAGAGCCGCCUCUAUAGAUACUCCGCAUGGCGUAGCGCUAAGCCUAUACAAGGGCCAAGAUGAAGAGGAUGUGUACAUAGAGAUGUUGGGAUCUCAGCCACGGGCUCGGAGCCUCCAGGAACCCCCUGAUAGCCCAGAACUGGCAGACUCGGAAGCUGUCUAUGAGGAGAUGAAAUAUUUCCCUCAUGAAGAUGGUGGAACUCCUGCCACUGUUGUCACCAAAGCAGCCAAACUGGAGGCUCUAGGCCUAGGCCUGGUGGGAUUGGGAACAUCUCCUCCUCAAAGUGGGGAGCCUAAACGAUUGACACUAGGGGUGACUUCUGCCAUGGACAUCACUCUCUCACAGAGUACAUCCAACAGCGGAGCUUCCAAAACUCAGUUUGGUAAAGAUGGCAGCUGUGACAUCCCCGCUCCCUUCCCUAACUUGCUUCCCCACCGCCCACCCCUCCUGGUGUUUCCCCCGUCUCCCGUCACCUGUUCCCCAGCUUCAGAUGAGUCACCCCUCACACCCCUUGAGGUAAAGAAGCUGCCGGUGUUUGAGACAAACCUGAACUAUGCUACUGGCCCAGACAGCCCCCUGUCUCCACAGUAUUCCCGCCAGAGGGCUGACUCUUCCCCAAGCCUCACGGUCCUCAUGCCAGAGAAGAAGUCUACACCUCCGCUCACCCCUCCUCCUCCACCUCCUCCCCCCAGCGCCCCACCUCCUCCCUACAGACCUCCUUCGCACUUUCCCUUCCCACCUGAGGCCAGCUUCCUGGCUCUGACACGAGCAGCAUCUGUCACUGGGAGCUCCGAUUCCCCUAAAACAUCUUCACAAAGGCCAGGUGGGGAACCGCUAGGGAAGCCGCCUCCCUACUCCCCUGUGAAGAUGUCCCGUCCUGAGCCUCGACGGGCCCACUCGUGCUCCUCCUCUCCCCUGCUAUUUAACCCGGCCAACGGUAGACCGCUGACCAGCCCCCUGGAUGAGCUCAACACUCUGUUCAGCUCUGGCCGCAGCCUGCUGAGGAAGUCGACAUCUGGCCGCAAGAUGAGAGAUGGAGGAUUCAAUUCUAAUAUCAAUCUGCCAGGGAGGGAAGAAUGUGGCUCUGCCCCCACCUCACCAUCUCUGCAACUACAAGACAAGAACGCCAACAACCACUCUCCUCACUCCCCGAGUCCGGCUCCUAUAGAGAACGGCAACCAGAUCUCUAAUGGGUCGCUGGAGGAUGAAAGUCACAGCAAGUCAAACUCCUCCAGCAGCACCUCGAUGCACAGACACAUGGACAGCCAUCAUACUCAGGUGUUCCAGCGGUUACGUCUGUCCAACGGGGAUGAGAGCGCCGCCCUGGCGGAGCUUUUGCGAUGGCGGCGAAUGCAGUGUGAGGGGCGGAGUGACUGGAAGCACCGUCCACCCCAAUCCCCAUCCCUGCCCCCCACGCUGCUCUGGACCAACAGGAAGGCCUCUCCGUGACAGAGGUUGUGUGAUACAGUCACGUGUAUUGGCUAUGAAGUUCCUCCCUCUUCUUCAGCCACACUCGCACAUGCUCUUAAUUUUUUGUUUUGUUUUGUUUUGUUUUUUAAAUCCGGGCCAAUAACCUCAAUGCCCAUGGACUACGCUGAAGCUCCAAGCCCUAAAGCCUGAGCCUAGUCCCUGGGCUGAAGGUUCUGCUUCUCCCCUUUGUACCUGACUGUGGAGGAUUCCCCAACCACUAUGACAGAAACUCAGCAUUAUGUGACACUGACAAGUGUUAUACAUUAAAAUAAGUGGAAAGCAGACACAGUAGAGGUUCAUGUGGAGGUGGAGGUAAUUCUAAAGUUUUCUUCUGAGAUAAAACAUAUGAUGUCCAUCAGUGGGAGGCUGAAUUUAAGAGCAAGUUAGCAGUGUUUUCAUGGUGGUUCCAAUACUGAGUAGUCCUUGUAUUCUGUCUGUAUCCAAGCCUAUCGUGAUGUACUGCUGCACACAAAGGAGCUCCACCCCGAAACAUGGUGCUGAUUAUACUUGACAUGCUGUCCUGUGAUGCUCCCAUGAGUUCUUUUGUGUGCACCCACCCGAGACUCAGACCUCUAAAGUUUACACGUCAAUCAAAGCCUUUGGAAACCUCCGAUUUUUAGCAUCCGUGCACGGGCUUAGACAUGGGACCUUUUUCAGGUACACAGCUCUCACUUAGCCUCUCAUGUUGGGGCUCUUAAGUGCUACUGCAGCCCUGGUAACGAGCGACCAGGGGUCAGGGCGACCUCAGUAUUAUCCCAAGGUGCACUUCUCUUCCUCUUUGUUACCACCAGCCUUUGAGGAGUGAAUCCCUCUGGCCAAAUUUCAAACUACUGCACUUACCUUUACUGUGAGAAGGGGAUCCAACAAAAGAACCUGCAUUGGUUUAAGGUGUAAAGCUGAAAAAUACAAAGCUUUAGCUGACAGGUAUAUGGUUCAUGUUGUGAACAUGAAACUCUGUGCCAAAGUUGUGUGAAAGAUAUAUCUAAACGUACAGUUAAAAACUGAUGUGUACAGUCGUUCCUGUAGACUUAUAUAUACAAUGACAUAAAUGACCAAAUCAUAGCUGUUACUGCGGUUCAGUGGUGAUUCUGUGGACUGUUCCUUUAUGGAUCAAAAGUACAUGUUGAAAAAUAGGGAAAAUACAGUCUACACUUCUAAAGUAGCAACUCGACUCUCAUUGCGUCUCAUCGACACCUGGACAGGCUCGUGUGUUUGGUGUUGUUCAGGAGACUUUCGCACACAGAUGAACUUGAUUAUUGUACAGAUUCCUCACAGACACCUCCCGUGUCCUCGCGUCAUCUCCUUUCUCGUCAUCUGACCACAAACAAACAAGACCUGUUUCCCCACUUGACCCCGCCGAGCCCCUCCCCUUCCCCGAUGGAUCAAACCGGCUUUACGGGUGUUUCCAUGGUAACCACAUUGUAAAUAGUGACCAGUGUCGUACGUUUUAGCUUUUAAUAUAGCAGAGGAGCACAGAGGUUGAGCUGAAAGACAAGGGACAUGGUAGAGGUGAGAUAAUACUGUCUAUGAUGGUGAAACUGAGAUCGAAGAAUGUCUUGGGUUAGAUGCAAUGACGGAGGUAAAGAGAAGAGGUUUAUUUUAAAAUGUGAAUAUCCUUUUUUUCAGAAUGACUGUCUAUGGCUAUGAAAUUCUUUAUACUCUAUUUAAUAUUAUUUGUUUAUUCCCCUCUAUACCCCCCGACCCUGUUGUUCUGUUCCUCCAAUGCAAGGCAGGUGUUUUUAAGCGUAUAUGGAUGUUUUAUUGCACAAUGUUUAUGUGGUGUUGUGUUGACUUCUGUAAUGGGCUGGGUGUGUCCCGACAAGCUGUUUGAUCUUCGCAGAUCAGUCUGAAUUGUUAGAGCCGCAAAGUAUCAAUAGCUCUAAUUGAUUUCUCAUUCCCACUGAUCACCCACAAUGUGUCUGAUUGAUUCAGCCUUACAAAUUAGCAGCACCAUCAAAGGAUCGAUCUCGGCUGCUGUCGGUGCGUGGAGGUGCACAAAUAUUCAAGAGGAAUUAAAGGAGGCCGCUGAUAUUCAGGAAAGAGAUGGCAAAACGAGCUGAGCUGCAUUUUUUCGACUGACUGGCUGAAUGUAUAAAUGCAAAAUUUUUAUUCCAAUACCUGUGCACAUCACGGAAUCCCUUUGUAUCUUAUUAUUGGAACAUGCGCCUGUAUCUAAAGAGUGUACCUAACUGCUUAAUGUGAUUGUUGUCUUCAGAAGUUAUGUAUGCAGUUCAUUUUUAAAGCAAGUUAAUAACAAUACGAUAUUGAUUUGCUCCAUGAUUCACACCUCGUGUGCUGUGAUUGGGGCUGCAUGAGUACUGCAAUGGAGAACUAUGUCAAACAUUUUUCACACAAGGAUUUAAACUCAUCUGUGAUCAAACGCAGGAAUCAACAUCAAGCUGCUCAACUUUGCCAAUGCCAGUGAAAGAGAAUUCCUCUCCUCGGUAUUUGCCCUUCGUUAUGAUCCGAGCUCUGGUUAGUCAUGUGCGGUUUUGUGUAUACCCAUGUUUACAGAAGUCAUGAAAUGAGGACAUUGUUUUUAUUGUAAUUUAAAGCAUAUCAGUGCUUUCUACCUUGCAUGACCACAUGUUGGGCCUCGCCCCCUAUAACAUGCUCGUGCUGAAAAGAUAAAGGCUGUCUAAUGUGAAGAACUGCUUCCCGCUGCACUGUGAAUCACCACUCUGUCCCCUAUGUCUCAUCCACACACUUUAAUCCACCUUCAGUUGGAUCGGCCCGCAAAACGCGUCACCUCCAUCCCAUAAAAAACCUCAAAGAAUUAGCUCAGUCUGUCGAAAGCAUACCAAACUCUGGCAGCCAGAUUACUGCCAGUCAUCUUUGUUAGUCAGGAACCAAUAAUCAUCUGCUCUGAGAUCAGCUCUCUGGUGCUGCAGCCAGUGCAGAAUGGUCAUUCUGUUGUCCCCAGUCCAUAUAUAGAUGUCCAGAGAGACACAAUAUUUCAGCACCUAAAAAGGGUUAUCUCACUGCCUUUCAUAGUGUUGUUGUUUUUGUUUUUUUUUUAACUGUAAUAUUUCUUUUGUACAUGACAUACAGUAUAUUUUAAUCUGCAUACAUAUGUGUUUGUGGAAAGAAAAAAAGAUUGUGAUAUUUCAUAAUUAUUAUGUUCCCAAUGUUUUAUAAGUACUGUACCUGUACAGCAAUAAAGCACAAUUGUGUCAAUGCCA